CGAAGCUUGAAGAAGAAUAUCCCUCUUGGCUUUGGGAAUUAUUGGACGAUGAAAAACAAAAAGCGCAAAGUCAAAAUUUUAAUUCUAGAGCAUAUCAUCGUAGGGAGCGAAAAGAAAUAAUCAAGAACAAUAAUUUCGACAGAAGCAGGAAGAAGUGA